AUGCGUGUGAAAGCAUCUAAAACGAAAAGCCUAGUGCUUUCUCAUUUUCCUGCCCUUUGCUCUCUUCAGAUUAACGAAGAAGCAGUGGAGCAGGUGGAGAAGUUGAAGCACCUCAGAACUGUAUUCACUAGUGAUGGAAAAUUAGAAGAGAUCGGCCGGCAAAUUAGAGUAGCCAGCGGCGUUGUACGCGGACUAGCUCGAUGCACGGUGACUAAAGCAGAUCUGACUCUGAAAAAUAAGCACUCGGUAUUAAAGUCGAUCCUUAUCCCCAUGCUUACCUAUGAUCAGGAGUCAUGGACCAUGACCGAAAAACUUCGAACCCGGGUACGAGCUGCUGAAAUGGAAGACAAGUCGCUAGCCUUACGCGUCUCACGUGGUCCGUAA